GGGCACCUCAAUCCCGCCCAGACCUUUUCCCCUGGACACUGCCAAGCUGCCUUAACUGCAGGGAUGGCGGCAUCAGUCCCUGCGCGUCGGGGGUUGUUUUUGCUACUUCUCCUGCCGCUUUCUGUGGUGCCCUCCAAGCUGAACAUCCCCAAAGUACUGUUGCCGUUUACUCCGAACACCAGAAUCAACUUCACCCUGGAAGCAAGCGAGGGCUGCUACCGCUGGUCUUCUACCAGACCAGAAGUAGCCAGCAUAGAAGCUGUAGAACAAGACACUCGCCAGUGUUCACAGAAGGCUAUUGUCCAGGCACGGUCAUCACAAUCGAUACGUCUUACAAGUAUUAUUUUGGCUGAAGAUGUUAUGACUGGUCAUGUGCUUCGCUGUGAUGCUAUAGUGGACAUAAUUCACGAGAUUCAUAUUGUGUCCACAACCAAAGAACUGUAUCUUGAAGAUUCACCGCUGCAACUGAAAAUCCAAGCAUUAGAUUCUGAAGGGAACACUUUUAGCACUUUGGCAGGGCUUGCUUUUGAAUGGAUGAUCAUGAAAAAUCCAGAAGCUAAUGGAGUAUCAGACUCCCAUAAUGCACUGCGUAUCCUGAAGUUUUCAGAAUCAACAUAUAUACCACCUUCCUAUAUACUGAAGAUGGAAAAAUUUGCCAAACAAGGAGACAUUGUUUUAGUGUCUGGCAUGAAAACAGGAAGUUCAAAAUUAAAAGCAAGAAUACAGGAAUCUGUUUAUAAGAAUGUACCUGCUGCAGAAGUCAGAUUGUUUAUUUUGGAAAACAUUCUUCUAAAACCAGCUUAUGAUAUCUACCUGCUGGUAGGAAUGUCAGUACAAUAUAAAGUUCAGAAAAUAAGGCAAGGGAAGAUUACAGAAUUAAUGAUGCCUUCUGAUCAGUACCAACUGCAGCUUCAUAACAACACUUUCAGCCCUGAGGGAGAUACAACCUGGCCCGUUGCCAAGCUGGAUCAGACAACAUCCACAGUUACUGCAUUGCAGCGGGGACAGAUUAACAUCGUACUUGACCACAGAAGUAUUAGUAUGCAGGGUGCUUCUAAAUUACCAAAUGGUAGCAUUUAUGUUGUGGAUCCAGGAUACUUAGGAUUUUCCAUUCACCCAGGGGACAGAUGGGUCCUGGAAACAGGAAGGCUGUAUGAAAUAACAGUUGAAGUAUAUGAUAAAUUUGGUAAUAAGGUGUAUUUGUCUGAUAAUCUCAGAAUUGAUACAUACUUUGCAAAAGAAUAUUUCAUAGUUCUACAGUCCUCUCUGAAUGGAUCAUAUCACAAUGUGAAAGCAACAAGAGAAGGCCAAACUAUUGUUACUGCUUCAUUAACAGCUAUUGUGGAUCAGGAUGGAGGUGUUUACACAUUACCUGUUCCUGUACUAAACCAGCAAGAAAUAGACAUUUAUGUCCCCAUUUCCCUUACACCAAACAUUUUGACGUUUCCAUGGCAGCCAAGAGCAGGAGCCUAUCAAUACACAAUAAAGGCUCAAGGCGGAAGUGGCAAUUUCACUUGGUCCACAUCUAACCAAAAUGUUGCUACAGUGACGGUUAAGGGACUAAUGACAACUGGAAAUGAGAUUGGUGUCAGUGUGAUACGUGCCAGUGAUGUUCAAAAUCCAUUACACUAUGGGGAAAUGAAGGUAUAUGUGACAGAACCCAGAGACAUGGAGUUCAUACCGUGUCAAGUUGAGGCACGUGUGGGUCAGAUUCUGGAGCUGCCUCUGAAGAUUAAUGGACUAAUGAAUGUGGAAACAAGUCAAAUAGUCACCCUGAGUGACUGUUCACAUUUUGAUUUAGUUGUUGAGGUUGAAAACCAUGGUGUGUUCAGUCCCAUUCAAGGAAAACUCAAUCCAACUCCGGACUACUGCAGUGGAGUCAGAGUAAAGGCUGAAUCCCAAGGAUACACAGCACUUGUUGUUAGCUAUACACAUGGUCUUAUUCACCUCCAUGCUAGUAUCACCAUAGCUGCACAUCUACCACUCAAAAUGAUUGAUCCUGCUUCUGUUGCAUUGGUAACUUUGGGUUCCUCCAAAGAUAUAAUAUUUGAAGGAGGGCCAAGAGCAUGGGUUCAAGAACCAUCUAAAUUCUUCAGGAAUGUUAGUGCUGCAGAUUCAAAUGGCAUAGAUGUGUUCUUACUAGGACGAACAACACCUAGGACUCCCUUCCAGCACUGGAUUAGAGCAUCUUGCAAAACUUUGGGAGAACAAGUAAUUUCAUUAACAGUCGGAAACAAGCCCACUAUUACUAAUCCCUUCCCAGUUGUUGAACCUGCUGUUAUGAAAUUGAUUUGCGCCACUCCCUCUCGAUUAAGUUUGGUACCUGUAUAUGCAAAUCCUCAGCUAGGUCUCUCUUGUCCUUUGUUGCAUCAGAACAAACAAGGGGUUCCUGUCUCAAAUUAUCGCAAUCCCGUAUUGGAUUUGGACGUUUAUGAUCAUCAGGGACGUAAAUUUGAUAAUUUUAGUUCCCUUAAUAUCAUCUGGGAAUCAAGAAAACAUUCAUUAGCUAGCAUAGAAUCCAACAUGCCAAUGGAGCUGUCUUUGAAAGAUGAUGGAAAUGGUCAGAAGAAAAUGCAUGGUUUGCAAACUGUUUUAGUUCAUGGUGCAUCUGGAACAACAACUCUAUCAGCUACAGCAAAUGGAUAUCAGCAUUCUCAUCUCAGUGCUGCUAAAGUAAAUAAUCUGUCAAUGCUUACUGAGAACCUGUUCUGGAAAAAAACUACUGAGAGUUUGCUGUUGGAAAUACAUUUUACCUUGCAGGUGAAAUCGGGCUCUCCUAUGGUAAUGAUCUCCGAGAAAGACAGAUCUUAUGGCUUGCCUAGCUAUAUAACUUAUACUGUCAGAUUAUCAGAUCCAAGACUGUCAAGCAAAGGUUCUUUAUCUACCAUGCUCACUAUAACAAGCAGAGUGACUCACCAGUCUUUCACUAUCCCAGUGAAAAUGAUUUAUGCAUCUGACAGAACUAUGUCAGUGAAAUAUGGAGCUGGCUUAUUCAGUCACUUCCUUGACUCCUACCAGAUUAUGUUCUUCACGCUUUUUGCACUUCUGGCAGGUACAGCUGUUAUGAUCAUAGUUCAUUAUGCCAUUUUUUCACCAAAAGAACAGAAAACACAUCCAGCUUUUACCCCCGGAAGCCCCCAGCACAGACCAAAGGGUGUUGAAUUUCCUGUUCCAUCUUCAACGCCUUUCAGCCCUAUACCAUCCAGCAGAGAAAACAACACACCUAAGAGGCUAUGGAGUCCCCCUUAUGCUUCACAAUAGAGAAAGAUAUUUUCUGCACAAGGAUUUUUGUUUGGGUUUUAAGACAGUGCCUUCAAUACCAUAUGAAACUGUGUCAGAUUUUUGUUUACCUUAGCACAUUUUUUUGUUAAGACAACAAUAAUCACUGUAGGUUUUUAAUGCGCCAUGCUGAUAAAACAUGCUUGUGUUGCUCUGAGUUUUAUAGAUUCUGUUCCUAUACAGUCUGUCAUUAUGGUCAGUGAUAUUGGGAGGAUGACCAGUAUCUGUGCUUAGCUACCUUGCUUUCCCUCCCAACACACACACGCAUGUGCGCGCACAGACACACACACGGCUUCUGCAUGCUUCAUUCAAUUUCAGUUCUACUUCUUAAUUGUCUCUACAGAUGCAGAGCAUUUAUGCACUUAUUUCUCAAGUAUACCAUUUUUAUUGUUUUGCAGUGAGACUUCAUGCUAUUAGAAUAAUGACGUAACUAAAACAUGAGCCCAGGGAGUGAAGGAUUAUACAUUUCUAGAGAACUAAGAUUUUAGUUUGUUUUGUUGUUUUUUUUUUAUUUGAGACUCAGGAAUAAGUGUGCUGCAUUGAUAUAUUUUUCCCUAUUUAGCCUUACAAAUCCUUUUAAUUGGUCAGUUAUGCUGUAAUAACUGCAGUUUCUUCUGUGUAAGACUUUCCCCACAAAUAGUCAAUUCUUCUAGUUGCUGCUGCAAAUGUAACGAACAUUCAAUAUUUCUUUGCACACAGGACUUUUUUUCCUAAACCUACUUUAUAACUAUGAAGUCCAUUUAAAAAAUUGAAAACAAUUUAUUUUAACAUUUUUUAAAUACAAAAGUGGAGGAGAAGAAAACUUCAUUGGCAUAGUUUGAACCUUAAAAGAAGUGGAAACCCCCCCCCCCACCCGCACAUCUGCUGACCUUUUACAAUAAAUUGAUUUGGAAGCCUGAUUUUUGAAGCAAUGCUUUGAAAUUCAUGAAGAGUCAUUCAGCCAUCAAAAUCUGGAUCAUGCAGUACAUUGCUUAGUGCUGCUUUCUUCAGUAUUUACUGUAGUAUGACUCUGUUCGUCUGUUAAUACCUUACCAGGAUAUAGGCAUGAAUUGAAAUGCUUGCCAUUGCUUCAGCUUCCCCUGGUGUGAAAUCAUGGCAGUAUUCAAGACAACACAAAGUUGUCCUCAGGUGAAAUCGCAUUGCUCCCAUAUAUUUCCAUGAUAUAAAUGGUAAAGGGACAUUAUGCAUUACUAGUGUAGUUAAAAGGGUAUUUACAGUGGAAUCCUGAGCAGAGUUGCACCCUUCUAAAACCAUGGUAUUUAAUGGCCUUGAAAGGUGUAACUUCUGACUAUUGCUCUGUUACUUGUAUAUACAGACCAAACCAUACUAUGCUUUCCAAUAUUUUAUGUAGGAUCAAGUUUAGGGCUGAAUUUACUUUUAGAAGUGAUACAGUUUCAUGCGAGUUGUCCACAUUUUGUUUUGCAGAUUUUUUCCUCCAUUACUCCAUUAUUUUUAUUCCCAGCGGCGACAGCAACUGUUAACAUUCUCAGAAGAUAUAGUACAGAACUCAGAUUCAGUUAAAGUAAUUGUUUAUAAGUUCUGAUUCACUAGUUCACAUCUUCAUGAAAGCCUAGCCGUCAGGUAUCUCAGAAGACCUUUUAUUGCACCCAGCAAUAGGUCACUAUUAAAAUGCAACCUUGCUUACUGGUCACCAAACAAGGUUGUUAAUAAUAAUGCAUAUACAAAAGGGGGGGAGGGUUAAGAGGCUGAAAGAAAAAUAAUGUGAUGUUUACUAAGGGAAUAUCCUUAAGUCUUGUUUUGGAAUAAACAUGCUGUCUCGUUUGUAUUAUAAGAUGCUCUUUAUCAUGGGAAUUUUAGUAAAGCAAAUUUUCUUGAGGCUUCAGGCUAAACGUUUCAGGUCUGGGAGAUCAGGAAGUCUUCUGUUCAAGUACUGUGAGAAUUGUGUCUGUGAAUAAUGUGCUAAACUGUGAAUUCUUUAAAAAUGUUUUAAAGAGAAUAAUAUUUAAUAGAAGACUAAAUGAUGCACAGAGUCCUGUGACAUAAAGUUGUAUUCAUAAAGUAUUAUUGAAAAACUGCAGUUUGUGUUUGGAUGUGGAUAAUCUGUGCAGCUUUUAGAAAUAAAGAUGUGCCUUAACUUGA